AUGAAUCUGAUUUCCAACGAAAAGAUCAUUGAUAAUGAUGGCAAGGAAAUCACCGGAUCAGACGGGAAGACUCUUUUUGCCUCACCUCCAUUAGUGAUGGUUAAAUUGACGUUUAACAGUGUCUUGUCACGUAAUGAGAGCAGUAGUUUUGGGCCAUUCACGAUGGACUGUCGCUUGAAAGACAACUUAGCUGAGUAUCACUUUGACAAUCUGCGUGACUUCCGUGGCAGAACAGCAGUCUUUUUUGAUUUUGUCCCACGCUUCUCGUAA